AGGAGGAGGGCCUGAAGGAGCGUCUCCUGAAGAGCAUCGCCCUCUGCCGGAAUGAGCUUGACACUCUCUGCAAGGAGCUCCAGCUGGAUCCCUUGGAGGUAGAGGAAGAAAGUACCAUCCUGCAGAUGGAGAAGAACCUGCGCACCCGCGUGGAAGUGAUGUUAAAGCAGAAAAGGGACAGGAAACAGGAGCUCAAAACCAUGCAAGAACAGGAUCAAGACCUGUGCAGCAUCCUCUGCACAACCCCAUUCAGUAUUGACAGCAAUGCUGUGCCCAGCCUGGAGGACCUGGAUCGCUACAGGCGCUACUUGGCCUCCCUGACCACGGAGAAGGAGAAACGGCGAGAGGAGUUUGUCAACAGGAAGCGGCAAAUCAUCCUCCUCAUGGAGGAGCUGGACCACACUCCGGACACGAGCUUUGAGCAGGAGGUGGUGUGUGAGGAUGAGGACACUCUCUGGCAGUCUGAGGACAACAUCGCUGCCCUCCAGCAUCUGCUGCAGCAGCUGGAAGCCCGGCGGUCCCUGAACGAAGCCGUGUGCGCGGACCUGCGCUCCAGGAUCCUCGCGCUCUGGGAGCGGCUGCAGAUCCCCGCGGAGGAGAGAGCAUCCUCAGCAGUGCAUGUGGCUGGGUCCAGGGCCAAAACCGUAAAAGCUCUGCAGUUGGAAGUGGACCAGCUGGAGGAGAUGAAGCUGCAGAACAUGAAAUCCGUGGUUCAGGCGAUCCGGGCAGAGCUGGCUGUCUACUGGGACAAAUGCUUCUACACUCAGGAGCAGAGGGAAGGCUUCAGCGCCUAUUAUGAUGAGGACUAUACAGAGACCCUGCUUGAGCUCCACGAUGCUGAGGUGGAGAAGAUGAAGAACUACUAUGAAGCACACAAAGAUCUGUUUGGAGCUGUCCAGAAAUGGGAGGAGAACUGGAAACUGUUCCUGGAGUUGGAGAGGAAAGCAACUGACCCUGGGCGCUUUGCCAACCGCGGGGGGAACCUGCUGAAAGAAGAGAAGCAGCGAGCAAAGCUCCAGAAGACGCUUUCCAAGCUGCAGGAGGAGCUGCAGAGCAGGGUCCAGGCCUGGGAGCAGGAGCAGGAGGGGCCCUUCCUGGUGAAGGGGCAGCAGUUCAUGGAGUACGUGAUGGAGCAGUGGCAGCUGUACCACCUGGAGAAGGAGAAGGAGAAACAGGAGCGGCACCUGAAGAAGAGCCGGCAGAUCGAGGCAGAGAUGAUGUAUGGCAGCACCCCACGGACACCCAUCAAGCGGCGGGUGCUGGGCCCACACACCCCCGGCAAAAUGCGGAAGCUCAACGGCAAUUCCAUCUCCAGCACGACACCCAACAGCACCGUACGCUCAGCUUUCGGGGGAGCCAUCUACCACUCGCCAACGUCUAAGCUGCCGCCUUCCGGAGGGAAGCUCGGCCCUGCUCGGAUCCUCAGCCGUGCGGCUGCGAGGCCCCCCCGGCCCGGGCACAGGGAGCGGAACAAGGAGAACAUGUCGCAGCUGAAUGGAACCACCACCCCGAGCGGUGGGUGCAUCCCCAGAGCCCCUGCCCAGCGUAACCAGAGCAUUAAUUCUGUUGCCAGCACCUAUUCUGAGUUUGCGCGUGAGCUUUCAAAGGUCUCCAGAUCUGAGAGUGGCUCCCACGUCCUCAACUCCACCACCACCACUGCCUUCUGCUGA